UCAUUGUUGUCAAAUCAUCAUUUGCUCAACAUUUGGUUUUUAUUGAUUGAUUGAAAAUGUUGUGGAAAAUCUGUUUACCAAUUUUACUCAUUUGCCAUUCUACUGCUAUUGCACAGAAGCAGCAAGAAACAUUUCUUGGUGAUCUGCCCAAUUAUGAUCACGGUGUUAGUGGUAAAGUUUACGCUCUAAAUGAUCAUACAUUGGUCGUACGAAAUCUGAAUUAUGAUGGACAAGCGCCUGAUGCUUUUUUCUGGGUGGGAACCACACCGAAACCCGGUGUUACCGGUACACCGAUUCCAGAUGAAAAUGGUUCACUAAAACCACUGAAAGGUUAUCGUAAUGCAACUGUUAUGCUACAAAUGCCAGCUGGUAAAACACUACGUGAUAUAAAACAUUUUGGUCUUUGGUGCCGCGCCUAUCAGAUUGAUUUUGGUCAUGUUAAAAUUGAUUUUCAUUAAAAUUUAAUCAUAAAAUGAUUACAA